AUGGGAAAAGGAAAAGUGGGGAUUGUGGGGUCCGGAUUGGUAGGAAAAUCCUGGGCGAUGAUUUUUGCUUCGGCUGGGUACAAUGUCACGAUGUAUGACAUCAACAAUGAAGCUGUUCAAAAUGCACUCGUCGAUAUCGAGGCUCAACUCUUGGCUCUAGAAAAAUCUCAGCUUCUUCGAGGAUCCCUUUCGCCAAAAGAGCAAAAAGACCUCAUCACCGGAACCACUUCCCUCGAGGAAUGCAUCAAAGACGCGUUUUUCAUCCAAAGCGCGAUUCCAGAAAACCCCGAUUUGAAGAAAAAGGUCUUCAAGAACAUCGCUGAAUUGGUGGAAAAAGAUGAUGUUAUCAUUUCUUCUUCAACUUCUUGUUUGAUGCCAGAUAUAAUUUUCAGCGACAGCGCUAGAAAAAGCCAGUCGAUCAUUUGCCACCCGGUCAAUCCUCCUUAUUACGCUCCGAUGGUCGAGAUUAUUCCUCACGAUGAAACUACACAGGAUAUCAGAAAACGUACUCGAGAAAUCAUGGCCGAAGUUGGUCAAAAACCCGUCCUCCUGAAUCGAGCCAUUGAUGGCUUUGCCCUGAAUAGAAUCCAGUACUCCGUGAUCAACGAAAGCUGGAGACUCGUUCAGGAUGGAAUCAUGUCUCCUGAAGAUGUCGAUACUGUUCUUACAGCCGGUCUUGGAAUGAGAUACGCAACAAUUGGACCUUUCGAGACAAUUCAUCUCAAUGCCGAAGGAGUCAGGGAGUACAUGGAGAAAUUCGCGAGUUCAAUAAAACGAGUCUCUGCCACUUUUGGCCCGACCCCUGAUUACAGUGGAGAAGCGCUGGAAAAAAUCUGCGACAUGAUUGAGGCGAAAAUUCCGCUCGACCAAAUGGCAAAACGAAGGGCAAGAAGAGACAAACUUCUCGCCGGAAUGGCGAAACUGCUCAAAGAACUUGAUUCUGAAGAAUAA